AUGAGUAUCAACCUCCAGGGAAUUCACAACAACAUUGAACCAUCAAUAAACCAUCUAGGUAAACUCGUUAGCCUAACCGAAUCAGAUCGAGUAGAUAUAUCUGUUGUGUAUCACUGCGACGGUUUAUUGUUAUGCAUCACCAGAAACAUCCCUAGGUUCACUGUUUGGAAUCUGUAUUGCGGCCAAACCCGGUUGUUCGAAACAAUACGCAGACCUAAGCCUAGAUAUGCUAUAGGAUACGAGAAUAGCAAAUCAUUCCGCAGCUACAAAGUAUUGAGAUUCUGUGAACCUUCUCGCGGAUACGUUCGUUAUGAAUUGUACUACAUCAACUCUAAAUCACCUAGUGAUAUCAUGUCUAUCCCUAUUACUAUCUUUCCAGAUUGGGAUAUAGAGUUUUAUGCACGUGGCGUGUCUCUCAAGGGAAACACUUAUUGGUUUGCACAAGAAAAUUGUGCAGGAGACGACGGAACAGAAAUAGGGUACCAAGAUUUUUUGAUCUGUUUUGAUUUUUCAAAAGAGAGAUUUGGACCGCGUCUAAGUCUAUCGUUUCACUCAAUUAUGGAAGAUAUUGUGACUCUAUCUAGUGUUAGAGAUGAGCAACUUGCAGUGUUAUUUCAGGAAGAGGAUACGUUACAUUUAGAGAUAUGGAUUACGACUAAGAUUGAGCCUGAAGCGGUGUCAUGGGGCAAGAAGGUCUUCUUAGCUGUGAAUAUGAAACCACUCGAUGAUUAUGCAUUUAAUGUUACAUCAGGGAGUUUCUUUGUUGACGAGGAGAAGAAAGUUGCCGUAGUUUUUGAUAUUGACAGAGGUACGGGGAUGGGCUACUUCGCUUAUAUCAUUGGAGAGGAUGUUACAUAA